AUGCGUCCAAAUCUUUUUUACCUAAUAGCUAGUAUUGUGUUAUUUACUGCUAGUAUAACUCAAGCAGCUAAUUGGGCAUUAUUAGUUGCUGGUUCUAACGGAUGGUACAAUUAUCGACAUCAAGCAGAUGUAUGUCAUGCUUAUCAAAUCUUACAUAAGAAUGGUAUCCCGGACUCGAAUAUUGUUGUUAUGAUGUAUGAUGAUUUAGCUCAAAAUCCAGCAAAUCCAACUAAAGGUGUUAUUAUCAAUCAUCCACGUGGUCAAGAUGUUUACCAUGGAGUUCCUAAAGAUUAUACAGGCGCGACUGUCACACCACAAAAUUUUAUUAAUAUAUUACUUGGUGAUAAAGCAGCAAUGCAAGGUAUUGGCAGUGGUAAAGUUAUCGAAAGUGGUCCUAAUGACAAUGUCUUUCUCUAUUUUACUGAUCAUGGUGCUACCGGUUUGGUUGCUUUUCCAAAUAGUGUACUUUAUGCCACAGAUCUAAAUGCCACAAUUACAAAAAUGUAUAAUGGAAAAAAAUAUAAACAAAUGGCUAUUUAUAUUGAAGCAUGUGAAUCAGGUUCAAUGUUGGAAAAUAUCUUACCAAAUAAUAUUAAUAUUUACGCCACAACUGCAUCAAAUGCUGAAGAAUCAUCUUAUGCAUGUUAUCUUGAUGAUAAACUUGCGACUUAUUUAGGUGAUUGUUAUUCUGUUGCUUGGAUGGAAAAUUCUGACGAAAAAAAAUUUAAUAAAGAAACGUUAUAUGAUCAAUAUUUGGUAACAAAGAAAAAAACACAUGAAAGUCAUGUCAUGCAAUACGGUGAUCUUCAACUAGGUAAAACUCAUCAUAUUGAUGAAUUCCAAGGUAAUGAACAACAAUAUUUGAAAGAAAAUACACAUCAUAUAUUUUUAAAUCAUCAUUAUACUCAACUCAAACGUGAUGCUGUUCCAAUGGAAAAUGUUCGUAUUUCGAUCCUCGCUCAUCGUUUAGCUGCAAGUAAACAGAAUUCAACUGAACAACAACGAUUACAAAAAGAACUUUCUCAAACACUUAAUGCAAAUCAUAUUCAACACAUUGUGUCAGUAGCAUUAUCCAAUAAUAAUGAUUAUUCUGUUGAAGAAAUUACACAAAAACGAAUGAAACUCACUCAAUAUAAUUGCUAUAAAACAGUUACUCAAUAUAUACAUGAAAAAUGUUUUGAUCUACAAAAUGAAUUUGUUCUUAAUAAAUUAUGGACAAUUGCUAAUUUAUGUGAAAUACGAUUGAAUGACUUUAUUAUUACAAAUGCAAUUGAUCAAACAUGUCGAAAUCGUCUUCAUUUUGAUUACUAA